AUGUCUACCGAAGUCUAUGAGGGCGCCAUUGGCAUUGAUCUUGGCACAACCUACUCAUGUGUUGCCAACUAUGAAGGCACUAAUGUCGAGAUCAUUGCUAACGAGCAGGGUAACUUCACAACUCCGUCCUUCGUCUCGUUCAGCGACGAGGAGCGUUUGAUUGGUGAGGCAGCGAAGAAUCAAGCUGCCAUGAACCCUGAGAACACCAUCUUCGAUAUCAAGCGUCUCAUUGGACGAAGGUUCGAUGACCCCGUUGUCAAGAAGGAUGUCGAAUCAUGGCCCUUCAAGGUCGUUGACCAGGGCGGCAACCCCAUGGUUGAGGUUCGCUAUCUUGGUGAGGACAAGACUUUCUCGCCCCAGGAAAUCUCCUCUAUGGUUCUCGUGAAGAUGAAGGAGGUUGCCGAGACCAAGCUUGGAAAAAAGGUCUCCAAGGCUGUUAUUACUGUUCCAGCCUAUUUCAACGACAACCAACGUCAGGCCACAAAAGAUGCCGGUGCCAUCGCUGGACUGAACGUUCUCCGUAUUAUUAACGAGCCUACUGCUGCUGCCAUUGCCUAUGGAUUGGGCUCCGGGAAAUCCGACAAGGAACGGAAUGUUCUCAUCUACGAUUUGGGUGGUGGUACCUUCGAUGUUUCCCUCCUCAACAUUCAGGGUGGCGUCUUCACUGUCAAGGCUACUGCUGGUGAUACUCAUCUUGGUGGUCAGGAUUUCGAUACCAACCUCCUUGAUCAUUUCAAGAAAGAAUUCCAGCGCAAGACCAAGAAGGAUCUUUCUGGUGAUGCCCGUGCCCUCCGCCGCCUCCGAACUGCUUGCGAGCGUGCCAAGCGCACCCUUUCUAACGCAACUCAAACCAUGGUUGAGAUUGAUUCCCUCUUCGAUGGAGAGGAUUUUGCUUCUCAAAUCACCCGCGCUCGUUUCGAGGACCUUAACGCCAAGGCUUUCGCCGGUACUUUGGAGCCCGUCCAGCAAGUCUUGAAGGAUGCUGCUUUGGAUAAGGCUCAGGUUGAUGAGAUUGUCCUUGUUGGUGGCUCCACUCGUAUUCCCCGUAUCCAGAAACUGCUGAGUGAUUUCUUUGAUGGCAAGAAGCUUGAAAAGAGCAUUAACCCCGAUGAAGCUGUCGCCUAUGGUGCUGCUGUCCAGGCUGGUAUUCUUUCUGGCCAGGCCACAUCCGCUGAUACUCAGGAUCUACUACUUUUGGAUGUCGUUCCUCUCUCCCUUGGUGUUGCCAUGGAGGGUAACAUUUUUGCUCCUGUUGUUGCCCGUGGCCAGACUGUUCCAACCAUCAAGAAACGAACUUUCACAACUGUUGUUGACAACCAAACCACUGUCCAGUUCCCUGUCUACCAGGGUGAGCGGACAAACUGUGAAGACAACACUUCGUUGGGUGAAUUCACGCUUUCUCCUAUCCCACCAAUGAAGGCUGGUGACGCUGCUUUGGAAGUUGUUUUUGAAGUUGAUGUCAACGGUAUCUUGAAGGUCACUGCUACUGAGAAGUCCUCUGGCCGUAGUGCCAACAUUACUAUCUCUAAUGCUGUUGGCAAGCUGUCCAGUACUGAGAUUGAAAACAUGAUUAGCGAAGCCGCGAAAUUCAAGUCCUCCGACGAGGCUUUCAGCAAAAGAUUCGAGUCUCGCCAGCAGCUCGAGUCGUACAUUAGCCGCGUUGAAGAAAUCAUCUCCGACCCAUCGAUGUCCCUCAAGAUCAAGCGCGGAGCCAAGGACAAGAUCGAGUCUGCCCUCAGCGACGCCAUGGCACAGCUUGAAAUUGAGGAGUCUUCGCCCGAAGACCUCAAGAAGAAAGAACUUGCCCUGAAGAGGCUUAUCACAAAGGCCAUGGCUACUCGAUAA